AUACACACUUUUCCAAAUCUUCUGAUCAUUGGAUUUGGCAGCACUGUGAACAGAUACACUGUGGUUUUGACGUAAAACAAAACAAAAUAUAACCUAUAUUUGGUGGGUUAUAUGUUUAUAAGGGUUUUUGUCCGUUUUUUUACAAAACCUGAAUGAAAAAUGGAAGAUAUUCUGAAAAACCUACAGCAGUUACGUGAGCAAGACCUACAUACAAAUGUUAUCAAACUUUGCAAUCUAGCAUUAACACUUUGUGAGCAGAAACCAGGAAGUUGUAGCGCCCAGGGCAAAAUACAGAUGCUCCUCUAUUAUGGAGAUGCAUUGUACCAAACGCGUCAGUAUCAACAAGCAGAACAUUAUUAUCGACAGGCACUCCAAAUGAGGAAAAAUAGUUUAAAAAAAUCAAAGAAUCAUAAGAUAAAUGAUAAUCACAAUGAUAUACCCAGUGAUGUUGAUAUCAAAUAUAAAAUUCAUCUUUGUCUAGUAGCACUGAAACAGGCAUCAGCUGCUAAAGAAAUAUUACAAACCAUCCCAGCUAGAAUGCUUACGCCAAAAAUUAACAUGGCUCUAGGUUGUUUAUAUAGGGAUACUGGUAUGGAAAGGUCUGCACUAACAUGUUUUAAGGAGGUAUUGAGGGAAUGCCCAUUGGCUUUAGAUGCGAUUGAAAAUCUUCUCAAACUAGGGGUAAAGGGAGUUGAAGUUAGUUCACUGAUACUGGACUUAUCUUCAGAAUCUUCCUGGUUUAAUCAGUGGCUCAAAGCACAAGCUCAGAUGAAUGCUAGAGAAUUUGCAAAUGCUAUAAAAUCAUUCAAGAGUAUGGACACACAUGGUCUGCUUAAAGACAAUGUACUUUUGUCUGUCAAUAUGGCAUAUUGUUAUCAUUAUAUGUGUGAAGAUAACAGAGCUAUAUCAAUCUUACAAAAGGCCCUUCGCCUUGAUCCGACUUUGGUAACAGGCAGAGACUUACUCUCCACUCUGCUUGCCGAAUCUGCCACUAAAGAGCACAUCAGGUUUUUGGAAGGGCUUGUCCCUUCUCUAGACACAUCCCUUUGGCAGUGUGAACAUUGGGUAGUGCUGGGCAACUAUAAUUUAGCUCUAAAGAAGUAUGACAAAGUUGGAUACUUUGGUCAGCAAGCUUUGCUAAUGGAUCGGACAAAUAUUGAUGCAUAUUUGCUCAAGGCUAAGGCUUUCCUGCACUUGAAGGGGUACUUGAUAGCUGCUAAUUAUUGUACUGAAGCCUUACAGCUAUGUCCAUAUAGAUAUGACCUUCACAAGUGCCUAGUAGAAUGCUAUAUUCAAAGUAACAGGUUAAGGGACGCCGAAUCUGCAGCAAUCAAUUGUAAGCAACAUAAUUUUUCUGCACAUGGAUACUGUUUGCAUGCUGCAGUGCUACUCAAAGAUCCAAUGGCAUCCAGUAAAACAUUAAAGAAAACUUUAGAGAAAGCUGUUGCACUGGACAAAAAUGGUUCGACAAACGCCCUACCUAUGCUUGUUGAAUAUAUGAUGAGUGACCAACAGUAUGAACAAGCUGUAGAAUUAAUCCAGAAACACAUAAAUACACUUAGACCUACGUCAAAGUUACAUCAGUUGCUUGCGGACUGUUUCGUGGCUCUUCACAAAGACGAAGAUGCAUUCACCCACUAUAACCUAGCCUUAAAACUAGAUCCGAACAAUCAGAAAGCCACCGAAGGUCUGAACAGUAUUGGCACGACUACGUCCGCCAAGAAAAUGGACAGUUAUUAUUCGUCGAUGUUUGACGGUUCGUCGUACCAACCAACGCCUUCAUCAGCUGCAAAAAAUAAUUUGUCUGAUCAUGAAGCUGAUCCAGAAAGUGACACCGACGCAUGGCCAGCUGUUGCGGAUGUUAGUAAUUUUGAUUGUGAUUAGAGAGUCUACAGAAGGGGGUGAUAGACGGUGUACGUUUUGUUCGUGAAACAGUGAAGUAUAUCAAACACGUGAAACGUUUCUUCGUAGAAAAAUAAAUAGCACUUAGUAGAUACAAACAUUGUAGAUAGAUCUCUGAUAACUUCAACAAUCUUAAGAAAACUACCGUGUAUAUAUUGUACCGUAAAAACAUUAUUUAGCAGCUAAGAUGAAAUUAGGAGAUGGACCGAUGUAAUAUUUUUUAUUUAUUGAAAAGUUAUUUGACAUUACUUUUUUCUGAUUGAAUUUUACAUUAAAUUUCGAAAGUAAACUUUUACGAAACGAAAAGUCAUUAGUAACAAUCCUGAAAAAAAUAUCUGGGGAUAAUAUUUAUUUGAUAAUUCAGGAUGUAAGCAGAUAUAAAAAUAACAUUUUGCUUGACAAGCAUAGAAAUAAAUCUGUGUGGUUCUCUUCUCAAAUGAAACCUUACUGUCCCAAAUUCAAGCAUAUUUGCCAUCUCUUUCAUUGCCUGCUAUCCAGUUUUCUAUUUCUUGAACCCUGGAAAAAGUUAAAUA